AUGAUAGGUGGUGAAGGUCUGGAAAUGAUAUCUUCAUCCCUCUCUUCUUCCUCUGCUUCUCCAGGUGGUGGUGGUGCUGCUGGUGCUACUAGUCCUGCUAGUGCUAUCCAAGUUGCGAAGGGUGAACAAGAUUCAGCAACAUCACUAGCCUCAUCGUCUUCCCUACAACACCAGGCACCAUAUCACUCACGAUCUCAGCGACAGAUACUGAGGAAUAGCAGAAGGAAAACCCGAUAUAGUCAUCAAACUCCUCUUUCUGAAAAAAUAUUCUUAGGAGGUGGGAAUAGCAGAGCCGGAGGUGGACCACUAGGUAGCGGAG